GAUUUACCAGCAACCCAAUACCCCUUUUUCUUCUUGUCUCUACCUCUCUCUAACUAUCUGUGCUCCUAUAUUCUCUAAUUUAUCGUAGUUCUCCGCAGACUGUUAUCAUGUCGACAUUGGAGGAUCUCGACGAUCUUGAGCGCGAGGAGAGAGACAAGAAGAAGGAGCAAGGCGAUGGCGGCGAUGGCAAGCAACCUGGUGGUGAUGGAGAUGCCGAAAUGAAGGAUCCGGAUGCGAAGAAGAAAGAUGAGGAUGACGAUCUUCUAGACGAGGAAAUCCUGAAUUCAAGCACAGCGGACAUUAUCAAGCGGCGGCGAAUGCUGGAGAACGAGCUUCGCAUAAUGAAGAGCGAAUACCAGCGGCUGACGCACGAACAAAAUACGAUGAAGGAGAAGGUCAAGGACAAUCAAGAGAAGAUUGAGAACAAUAGGCAACUACCGUAUCUCGUCGGAAAUGUUGUUGAGCUGCUAGAUUUGGACGUCGAAGCUGAAGCUGCCGAGGAGGGCGCCAACAUCGAUCUAGACGCCACCCGAGUAGGCAAAUCCGCUGUCAUCAAAACGUCGACUCGUCAGACCAUCUACCUUCCUCUUAUCGGCUUAGUUGAUCAUGAGAAGCUUAAGCCUGGUGACCUUAUUGGUGUCAACAAGGAUUCAUACCUCAUUCUCGAUACCCUGCCGGCAGAAUACGACAACCGGGUGAAAGCAAUGGAGGUCGACGAGAAGCCUACAGAGAAGUACACAGAUAUUGGUGGUCUGGAUAAGCAGAUUGAGGAGAUCGUCGAGGCUAUUGUAUGGCCCAUGAAGGAAGCAGAGAGAUUCAAGAAGCUUGGCAUCAAGGCGCCGAAAGGUGCUCUGAUGUACGGGCCUCCCGGCACAGGAAAGACUCUUCUCGCCCGAGCCUGUGCAGCAGAAACUAACGCAACCUUCCUAAAACUCGCCGGCCCCCAGCUCGUGCAAAUGUUCAUCGGUGACGGCGCGAAGCUCGUCCGGGACUGCUUCGCCCUUGCUAAAGAGAAGGCUCCCUCGAUCAUUUUCAUUGAUGAGCUUGACGCUGUGGGCACUAAGCGUUUCGACUCUGAGAAAUCUGGUGAUCGUGAAGUCCAACGAACCAUGCUUGAACUCCUUAACCAGCUCGACGGAUUUGCCUCGGACGACCGCAUCAAGGUUCUCGCCGCCACCAACCGCGUCGAUGUCCUCGACCCCGCCCUCCUCCGUUCCGGCCGUCUAGACCGCAAGAUCGAAUUCCCUCUCCCCAAUGAGGAAGCCCGCGCCAACAUCCUCCAGAUUCACUCGCGCAAGAUGACUGUUGAGGACUCCGUUAACUGGGCUGAGUUGGCACGCAGCACGGAUGAGUUUGGUGGCGCGCAGUUGAAGGCUGUCUGUGUGGAGGCUGGUAUGAUUGCGCUGCGAAAGGGGCACAGCAAGAUCGGGCAUGAGAACUAUGUGGAUGCCAUUGCUGAAGUCCAGGCAAAGAAGAAGGAUACGAACAUGGGUAUCUAUGUUUGAACAAAUUCUUGUAUCCUUUUGUAAGCCUAGAUUUGGUUUAACUCUCCUUCCGCAUACAAUGCGAUGUGUAUCAACUUACGUG